UAAUAUUCUUACUUUAACCUUGAAUAAAAAGCUCAGAAAAUAGGUUACCUAAAUAAGAAACAUUCAGUGUAGAUAAUAAGAGGAACGUUGACACAGAAUAAUUUUGAAAAUUGAUUUUUCAUUUUCUCUUUUCAGAUUUGUGUUAGGCAAAAGUUAAUAUCAUAUUAAAGAAGUAUAAUUAUAAAACUAUUAUAUUUACUCCAAUUUUUGUGCUCUCUGUCUUGAGCUUAGAUUUCUGUUUAGAUUUGUGAUGGCUUCAUUAUAUAUAGGCUCGUGUAGAAACAACCUACUGCAAUUUAGGCCAUGUGGACACUUGGCCUUAUCAAGACUGCAUGCAUCCUUCAGUUCUUUAUGCACUUCAUCUGUUGAAAUUUCCCUGUAUAGCACAAAAACACGAGUCAGCUAUUCUAGCCAAUCUGUUGUAUCAUCUAAAACCACCCUGAUGCAAGGUUAUCAUUUAUUGAAUGUUUCAGCACUCCCAAUCCAAAAACAGGAAGUGUUCUAUUCUUCAAUACCCACCUAUAUUGAUCCCUUAGAAUCCAAUAUCAAUUCUGAAAGUUUAUCUACAUUAAAAUGUACUUUGAAUAGUGUGGAAAUUUCAAAUGCUAGCACGCAGAUACCCAGCUCAAUUAAGACUCCUCAAAAUCUUACAGCAACCGGGGACUACAAUGGAGUGCUUAACCACGAAAAUCAAACUUCAUUUCUUGAUACCAUUAUACCAACUGUUAGUGCAGCUACAGAAGCUGCCUCUAAUUCAAGUUCUGAACUCACUGGCUGGCUGGCUACUUACGUCAAGUGGUUUGAAAGCCUGGCAUCAAGUGCUCCUGUUAUGAAGUUGAUGGUGUGGCUGCAAGAUAUACACAGUGCAUUAGGUGUACCAUGGUGGAUGUCUAUCAUCCUCACCACAGUUGUGCUCAGGACGUCUAUCACACUACCUCUUGCUCUGUAUCAGCAAUAUGUCUUUGCAAAAGUUGAACUGCUGAAGGGUGAAAUGGUGACUGUGAUGCAAAGACUUGCUGAUGAGACUCGAGCUGCCAAGCGAAAGUUUGCUUGGGAUGAGGCAAAGACUCGUCUUCACUUCAGAAGGAGGUGUAAAGAAUCAUGGAAUGAGCUGAUAGUGCGUGACAACUGCCAUCCCGGCAAGGGAGUCGUGUUGCUACUGGGGCAGCUGCCGUUGUGGAUCAUGAUCUCCGUGGCUUUCCGCAACCUGGCCCUGUGCCCACCCCAGUCUGACUAUGCGGCGAUGGCGGCGCAGCAGGAGCUGAGCUUAGAAGGACUUCCUUGGUGCACCGAUCUCACCGUAUCGGACUCACUGAUGAUACUUCCGUUCUCAAUGGCCAUCAUCAACCUGAUUAUUACUGAGGUUCAUGUCCUGCAGCGGCCGGCGGUUGCCGUCUCGACCGGCGUGCGGGUGAUGACGUGGGUCUUCCGUGGCGUGGCCGUCAUCACCGUCCCCAUCGCCAUGUUUAUGCCUUCAGCCGUGGUGCUGUACUGGGUGACGUCGAGUAGCUGUGCGCUGGCGCAAGCCUUCGUCCUGAUGCACCCUCGCCUGCGUCGUGCGUGCGGCAUCCCACAGACGCCCUCCGAGAUGCAGCGCCCUUAUAGUGAGAUCGCGCAGCGCCUCGCCCUCAAAAUAAAAGGAGAACCCAAGGCAAAUGACAAGCCAGUAAUUUUGGACACACGGAUACCAGAGCAACGCCUCGCUUUCAAAAUAAAAGGGAAACCCGAGGUAAAUGAAAAGCCAGUAACUUUUGCACUCAAAGAUAAAAAGAUGAAGAAAAAAAGUUGAAGAAUUGCCCGGACGUUUUGUGCUGUGCAACGUUUUCCACUCAGUCUGUGAGGUUUGUGAAGGUUUGAUGUUUGGAU